AAAAACCAAUGCAACUGUGUGGUGUUCCCCUUAGAUGUAGCUAACGAGAAGCAGCGGAGGUUGUUGUACAACUUGGAGAUGGAGCAAAUGGCUAAAACAGCUAAAGCCCUCAUGGAGGCAGUAAGCCACGCGAAGGCCCCUUUUACUAGUGCCACUCAUCUGGAUCAUGUCAGACCCAUGUUUAAACUUGUAUGGACUCCGUUGCUGGCAGCUUACAGCGUUGGUUUGCAGAACUGCGACGACACAGAAGUGGCAUCUCUUUGCUUGGAAGGAAUACGAUGUGCAAUUAGAAUAGCCUGUAUCUUUGGAAUGCAGCUUGAACGAGAUGCUUAUGUGCAGGCGCUUGCUCGUUUUUCCUUGUUGACCGCCAGUUCCAGCAUUACCGAAAUGAAACAGAAAAACAUAGACACCAUUAAGACGCUUAUUACAGUCGCUCACACAGAUGGCAACUAUCUUGGGAACUCUUGGCAUGAGAUAUUGAAAUGUAUCAGCCAGCUUGAACUAGCACAACUUAUAGGAACUGGAGUGAAAACUCGGUAUUUAUCUGGCUCUGGGCGUGAAAGAGAAGGAAGCAUUAGGAGCUAUUCAUCCGGAGGGGAAGAAUUUAUGGGCCUGGGAUUGGGGAACCUGGUUGGGAGCGGAGCUGACAAGCGGCACAUGGCAAGCAUUCAGGAGUCGGUGGGAGAGACCAGCUCGCAGAGUGUGGUGGUGGCAGUAGACAGGAUAUUUACGGGAUCAACAAGGCUUGAUGGAAAUGCAAUAGUCGACUUUGUGCGCUGGCUGUGCGCUGUUUCCAUGGAUGAGCUGGCUUCCCCACACCACCCACGCAUGUUCAGCCUGCAGAAGAUAGUGGAGAUAUCCUAUUACAAUAUGAACCGCAUUAGGCUGCAGUGGUCAAGGAUAUGGCAAGUGAUUGGAGACCACUUCAAUAAGGUUGGAUGUAACCCUAAUGAAGAUGUUGCCAUCUUUGCAGUAGAUUCAUUAAGGCAACUGUCAAUGAAGUUUCUUGAGAAGGGAGAGCUAGCCAACUUCCGUUUCCAGAAAGACUUCUUGAGGCCUUUUGAGCAUAUUAUGAAGAAAAACAGAUCCCCAACUAUUCGGGACAUGGUAAUCCGCUGCAUUGCUCAGAUGGUGAACUCUCAAGCUGGUAAUAUUCGCUCUGGCUGGAAAAAUAUCUUUGCAGUUUUUCACCAAGCUGCUUCUGACCACGAUGGGAAUAUUGUGGAGUUGGCCUUUCAAACCACAGCACAUAUCGUUACAAAUAUUUUUCAACAGCACUUUCCAGCAGCAAUUGACUCAUUCCAGGAUGCAGUAAAAUGCCUUUCAGAAUUUGCCUGUAAUGUAGCAUUUCCAGACACAAGCAUGGAAGCUAUUAGACUUAUUCGUUAUUGUGCAAAAUAUGUUUCAGAAAGACCACAGGUAUUAAGAGAAUACACAAGUGAUGACAUGAAUGUUGCUCCUGGGGACAGAGUGUGGGUCAGAGGAUGGUUCCCUAUAUUAUUUGAACUUUCUUGCAUCAUCAAUCGUUGUAAAUUAGAUGUUCGAACAAGAGGCUUGACAGUGAUGUUUGAAAUAAUGAAGAGUUAUGGCCAUACUUUUGAAAAGCACUGGUGGCAAGAUCUGUUCAGAAUUGUGUUUCGGAUUUUUGAUAAUAUGAAAUUGCCUGAACAACAAACAGAGAAAUCUGAGUGGAUGACAACUACAUGCAACCAUGCACUUUAUGCAAUCUGUGAUGUAUUUACCCAAUUUUAUGAAGCUUUAAAUGAGAUCCUUCUUCCUGAUAUAUUUGCACAGUUACACUGGUGUGUAAAACAAGAUAAUGAGCAGUUGGCUCGAUCAGGUACAAAUUGUCUAGAAAAUCUGGUAAUACUGAACGGACAGAAAUUCAGUCCUGAAGUCUGGGGCCAAACGUGCACUUGUAUGCUAGAAAUCUUCAAAACUACCAUUCCUCAUGUCUUGCUUACAUGGAGGCCUGCAGGCAUGGAGGAGGAUUCGGCUGAAAAACACUUGGAUUUGGAUCUAGAUCACCAGUCUCUAAGCAGCAUGGAUAAAAAUGCUUCAGAAAGAGGACAGAGUCAAUUUUCAAAUCCUACAGAUGAAAGCUGGAAAGGUGGUGCUUAUACAAACCAGAAAUUAUUUGCUGGCCUUCUUAUAAAGUGUGUGGUACAGCUGGAAUUGAUACAGACCAUUGAUAAUAUAGUAUUUUAUCCAGCAACAAGCAAGAAGGAAGAUGCUGAGCACAUGGCUGCAGCUCAGAGAGAUGCGCUGGAUGCAGAUAUCCACAUUGACACAGAAGACCAAGGAAUGUAUAAAUACAUGUCUUCACAUCACCUUUUUAAGCUACUAGAUUGCUUGCAAGAGUCUCAUUCAUUUUCAAAAGCCUUCAAUUCAAAUUAUGAACAGCGAACAGUCUUGUGGAGAGCAGGGUUCAAGGGUAAAUCAAAACCCAAUCUCUUAAAACAAGAGACCAGCAGCUUGGCUUGUUGCUUGAGAAUCCUCUUUCGAAUGUACAUCGACGAAACCCGCCGAGACGCCUGGGACGCGAUACAGCAACGGCUGCUCAGUGUGUGCAGUGAAGCCCUGGCAUAUUUUAUUACUGUGAACUCGGAAAGCCACAGAGAGGCAUGGACCAAUCUACUGCUGUUGCUUUUAACAAAAACACUAAAAAUUAGUGAUGAAAAGUUUAGGACACAUGCUUCAACAUAUUACCCAUACCUGUGUGAAAUCAUGCAAUUUGACCUGAUUCCUGAGCUUCGGGCUGUGCUACGGAAGUUCUUCCUGCGCAUAGGUGUUGUGUUCAAAAUCUGCAUAACAGAGGAGCAGAUACGGACAGCUGGGACAAAAUUACCUUCGUGGUAGCCUGACACAGAGUUAGUUACUGCUGCUUGUACAUAAAGCUGCGUUCCGCAGAUGGAUUAAAGUGGAUAGCAGCAGGGGGAAAUGGGACCCUGGUAAAUCAACAGAGUAGCAAGUUACUCUGACCGUAGCGGCAAUUUUGGGGGAGGAAAGAAACCUGUUCUGCCCGUCCUACAAAAUUAUCAGCAGUUUUUUUAUUUAAAUUGUUGCUUACAGAGUUAAUACAGUAGAAGUAAAGUCUGUUUCAAUGCUAGUCAUACUUAUGAUCAAGUCUGUCUCUUCUAAUCUAAUUGUUCAGUCUUGCAUCCCAGCUAAAUCUUAAAUCAGCUGGAAAUUAUUCCUUAAUGGAAAUUAUGCCCCUUGGAAAUAAUGAAUAUAGUUGUAUAGCUUUGUGAUGUUAGCACAUGUGUUCCAAAUAAACUAUGCUGCAGUG